AUGUCCCAACGAUACUCCACUCUUCGACUUGAGCCAAAAUUCAACGCGCAACUUUCUUUACACAUUGGAAAACUUCCGAAGGUGAUGAAUAAGAAUUCCGUUUUAACAACCAGCCGUUUGCACGCGCGUUUCCACUUUCUGAGGAACGGAGGAGUCACAGAGGUGGAAAGCAACGCGGAAAGUGGAUACAACUAUGAAAAAAUUGCUGUAUUCUUGUUGGUCACCACUCGAGCAGUCGCGCUGGUUGGAAAAAUCGAUGACAGCUUUUCAGUAGGGGUGAAAUCGGGACUUCCUUCGCCAAUCGUGACCUACUAA